UGUUCUAAUUGGGCUUAGAUCGAGUACAAUACAACGUGAAGCCGCGCCAACUUCUUCGACUUUUCGAGAGCAGAGCAGGGUGUUUAUUUUUACGCAGAUCCAGAAUAUUUAGAGUAAUAACUGUGAAAGAAAUGGCGUCAAAUCAGUCGAGCUCCACAAAUAGACCAGAUGACCACAGACGCAAGUGGGACCGAGAGGAGUUUGAACAAAUUGCCAAGGAGCGGUUAAGUAAAGAGGAGGAAAAUGAAGAUGAAGCAGACAGAAAAAGCAGAGAGCCUCCCGUCAAACGGGAACUCCUCAAGCAGCGGGAGUACAAAGUUGACCUUGAGUCACGCCUGGGGAAGUCCCAGGUCAUCACCAAGACCACACCCUCUUCACAGAUGGGCGGCUACUACUGUAAUGUAUGCGACUGCGUCGUUAAAGAUUCCAUCAAUUUCCUUGACCACAUCAAUGGCAAAAAACAUCAAAGAAAUCUUGGCAUGUCCAUGAAAGUGGAACGGUCAACACUGGACCAAGUCAAGAGACGUUUUGAACUGAACAAGAGGAAGAAAGAGGAAAAGAAGAAGGACUACGACUUUGAAUCCAGAAUGCAAGAGCUAAGAGAAGAGGAAACUAAACAGAAAGCGUACAAGAAAGAGAAAAGACAGGAGCGAAAACGGAAAGCUGAGGACGACGAUCUGGACUCGGGAUUGGACCCUGACAUGGCAGCCAUGAUGGGCUUCUCAGGAUUUGGAACCACAAAAAAGUAGGCACUGAUAGUCAAGCAAUCACAGUGUGAAUUGCAGUAUCUUCUUCAUGCAUAUCACGAACACAAAGCUGGAAUUUCCACUUGGAAAGAUUUCAAAUGGCCUGCCAAUUGUUUUGGCCAUUUGUUGUGAUGCACCGUGUUACAUAUUGCGACAUGAACAUUGCAGAGUUCAUUUUAAGAAAUUAUUUAUUUACUCAGUGACUCAGUGAGUCAGUCACAGGACGAUAGGCUGGCCCUUAUGGUCCAGCCAACUGUUGAAGUUGUUGAAGGUUGUUGAAAAUUCAUGGACCAAAGACAGUGAUGGUUGCUGUCAUUCAUCAUUUUGUCAUGUCCGUGCAACAAGGUUGUAUCACCUAAAAUGGGCUGUACGUGAAACGUGAGUUUCAAAAUUUCAAAAGGUCGUAUCUCACUAAAAAUACCCUGCAUGUUCACGCAAAGUCAGUGGACGUCGAGAUACGACCUUGUUGCAAAGAGCGUAUUCGUGCGAGAUACGACAUCAACCUUGUUGCACUGACAUGAUGAUUCUUGUUGCUUGCUACUGUGUGACAGAGUUGUAAUUGAGUCAAUCGCAUGUCUAUAACAAGCCAAAUCACACUUCAGAUCACAAGUUACACAGGCUGAACGGUAACAUACAUGUAGUUCAUUUGAAUUACCUUGUCACUUGAUUGGAGACUAACAGAGUUUGCGAUGGCUUAAUAUCUGCUUGACAGUUGUUGCUGGAGAAAUGGCAUUGCAACUGUUGGUAUAUCAUAAAAUUCACUGUAUCAUAAGAGUUUAAGCUGUGAGUGUGUGACGUCCUUCCCUGAAUCUAAAAAUGUUUCCAGGGAAUGAAACAUGGUGAUUAGGUGUAUUAGACUCCAUACAUCGUAGGUCAUUGUAAAUAUUUUUUAGAUAAAAGAAUUCAGGUUAAACGAAAUCAGUUUUUCUUGAAAGAAAUUCAAUAUAAUGAGAUAAAGGAUAAAUAAAUGUACCUGUAAAUGGAAAUUUAA